AAACAAAGAUGGCGGUCCUUGGUAAGCCAAACUAUGUGACCUGUACAUGUUACGAGUUGGGACACACAUGGACACCUUCUUGUUUCCAUGCAUCAGCAGAUGUAGCAUUUAUAGUUUUCAAACAAGCUCUUAAAAUAUAUGGGACUCUUUAUACGGUAGCAGGUAUAUUGAAGAAGAAGGACCUGAAAUAUUUCAAGGAGAAGAUUCUAAAGGAGAUUGCCCAGUCUGUUGCCUUCCUUACCACCAAUGGCACAUUCUUCAUAUCAUUCUUCUGCAUAUGGAGGAAGUUAUUAGGUCACUUCUAUUACCCCACGACGGCAUUCAUACCGGCCGCCCUGGCCUCUCUAACUGCCAUCCUACUUGAAAGGAAGUCCAGGAGAGGUCUUUUGGCGAUUUACAUGGCAAAUGUGGCGACAGAAACUGCUUACAGAAUGAUGCUAUCACGUGGUUGGAUGAAACCAGUCAAGCAUGGAGAGGUGUUGCUAUUCAGCAUUGCAUCAGCCAUUUACCUGUUUUUCUUUAGGAAAGGUCAUCUGCCAGAUCAAACAAAAAGUGCACUUAGUUUUCUAGUGGGUAAAGAGGAACUGCCAAUCACAGAAAGAAGGGAGGAGCCAAAUCACAGACACCAUAGCAACAAACUUCUGAACAGAUUAAAACAGAACCAGACCUUCCAGAUCAUUAAUAAAUGGCUACAGACCACACCCAAACACAGUCUGUGUCAACACAGUUAUGGAUGUGCUCAUUAUGUUGUACAGGGCUUUGUGAAGAUGUUUGGACUAGGCUUUUUGGUUCAAGGAGGAGUUAAGCUUUUGGGUGCCUUGCCCAGGAUUUACAAGAAUCCAGGAGCUGUGCUUCAUGCCUUAAAACAUCGGGAUAACUUCAGGCUUGGGGCAUUCCUAGGAUGUUUCAGUGCCAUCUUCAAGUCUGUGAAUUGUUUGCUCCGCUGGAUGUGUAAUAAAGACAGUGAGAUAUAUGGACUUUUAGCAGGCUUUCUGGCUGGCUGGUCUAUGUUGUGGUACAAAAGUUCCACCAUAGCACUGUAUACUGCCUACAAAUUAGCAGAGGUGCUGUAUUUCAAGGGUAUCAGUAGAGGGCUAUUUCCUUAUAUACGAUGUGCUGACAUCAUUAUUUAUUCCAUAUCAACCGCUUUUGUCUUUCACGUAGCUGUUCUUGAGCCACAUAAUUUAAGACCAGCAUAUUGGACAUUUUUACUCAGAGUUACAGGAAAUAGGUUUAGUUUGAUGAAUAGAAAGCUUUUGGAGCCAUUGUAUAAAGAUGCAGCUAAAAUCGCCCCAGAUUUCUGGCCGGAUUAUGACAUGAGAUAUACCAACCUUACCAGAGAUACAGUGCUACACAAAAGUUGAUGCUAGAGUGUCAUGUCUACAGAACUGCUCAAAUGUUUGAUUGAAAUGGUGCGAUUUUGUUAUGGUACAUCAAAAUCCAUUUAUAAUUUAACCAGUAUUGUUCAUGUAUGAACUAUAGAAAUUUCCAACGUCAUUUCCAAAUAUGGGAAAAAAAUCAAAUUACAACUUUUCAAUCAUGACUAUUAAGAUCUUCAGAACAAAAAAGUUGGUGCAAGAAUGAAUUUUUGUUUUCUUGGUGAUAUAACAGGUGUACAUGUGUGAAAGUUUUUAUGUUUGUAUUGAAUGUUUGUGUUUUCUGGAUAUGAUCACAGAUGUUUCCAUUCUAUCCUGUAAUGUUUGAUUCUUUUUUUUAAUUUGUCCAUCUUCCUGUAUUAGAACUUUGUUUUGUGCUGGUCCAUUCUUUGAGAGUCAUGCAUGUAUAAUUUAAUAGUUAUUUGGAUACAUAUACCAUAUGUAUUUUUUUUAUUUUUGUAUAUGAUGCAAUCCAUGAUUUGUUUUAUGAAGUCAUAUAAUCCAUUUCUCAGGAAAUAUAUUUUUGAGUUUGGGUAUGAUUAUGUGUAUAUUUGCAUGUUUAAAAAUAAGAAAAAAUGCUACAAACAAGUUAUACUGUACAUGUUAAUUGUUGCAACAUUUUUAAAUAAUCAUAGUGUAAUUGAAAUUAGUUGAAAUUUUUCAUAUAUGAUAAACUUGAAGAUAGAAGAAAAAAUGUUAUUACUGAAGAAAGUAUAUUUGCUGAAAAGCAUUAUUUUAAAAAAAUAAAGGGUCUAAGCAUUUUUUUUUUAGUAAGGUGAUAUGAACCAAUUUUAUUUUUUGAUAUAUAGAAGAAACUUCGUGAUGUGGAACAUUAUGCAAGCAGAAUACAAAGUACAUGCAUCCUCUGUGAUAAAUUAUGUGGCAAAUUUAUUUUAUAUUUUUUUGAGAUUAAAUUCUGUAAUAUCUAUACUGGA